AUUCGAAGCUACAGAUACAUCAGGUGGUACUUGCGAUGCUGGCGAAGAGUGUAUUGGUGGUUAUGCACGCACUGUCUACACUGUGAAACGGUUACUCGAAGAGCAGAAGGACCGAAACCCGGUUUACUUUAAUGCGGGCGACAGUUUUCAAGGUACACUUUGGUACAAUAUUGGACGAUGGAAUGUAACAAGUCAGUUUCUGAACAUGCUGCCCGCAGAUGCGAUGACACUCGGCAACCAUGAGUUCGAUCAUGGUAUUGAAGGACUGGUGCCCUUCCUAGAAACUAUCAAUUCGCCCAUGCUGGUGGCAAAUAUGGACGCAAGAGAUGAGCCUGAUAUGCAGGGAAAAUAUCAAAGCUCCAUGAUAAUAGAGCGUAGUAAUAGGAAAAUCGGUGUUAUAGGAAUUAUCCUCGAGACCACUUAUGAUUUAGCAAACACUGGUGACUUGAUUUUUCUUAACGAAAGCGCUGCUAUACGAGAGGAAGCUCAAAAUUUGAAGGCCCAGGGUGCAAACAUUAUUAUCGCUAUCACUCACUGUGGCUAUGAUGUGGAUAAGAUAAUUGCUGUAAACGCCGGUGACGAAGUUGAUGUAAUAGUGGGUGCACAUUCGCAUACUUUUCUCUAUACAGGCGACACUCCACCUGGACCAGAUACUCCUCGCGGUCCAUAUCCCACAGAGGUAAUACACGAAAGUGGGCAUCGUGUGUUAAUCGUUCAAGCUGCAGCCUAUGCCAAAUAUGUUGGCAAUAUAACGGUAUUCUUUGAUGAUGCCGGUAACGUAGUAGACUACUCAGGUGCACCUAUUUAUAUGGGGUCUGAU